AUGUUUCGCGCUACACGAGCCCUCCAAGCCGGUUCUAUGUUCCGUGCUACCGCUGUCCGCCGCGCUGGCGUUAUCGAGCAGGUCAAGAUGGGCUUGCAGUCGAGUGAGAAAGGAAGCGGAAAGGAUGCUGUGUUGAAGAAGGGUGCCAAAAGAGAUCCUGAGCUAUACAUUCUGCUUGGCAUCAUGUCUGGUGCUUUUGCGCUGGCCGGAUUCUACUUUGGUCGAAAGCCAACUUCAGCUACCUCCGAGGCCGAGGUGUCAGUAGCUAACAGCUCGAUGCCUUGGGAAGUUGACCACGACGAUGAGGACCACAGCAAGCACUUUAAAUACCAAUAUCAUCCUAAGGGAGACAAGAAUGCUCAGCCAAAGAACGCUCCAAGUGCGUUGAACACAGUCAUUGUGCCAAACGUAACGUUGCCAAGGGAGCUACACGAUAUGUUCAACAAAUGGGUCACUACAGAAGCCAGCCAGAUGGCAAGUUUCAACCACCAAAGAGACCUCCGACUCCUACAAUCAAUACUACAGGCGCCUACAAGCGCAAGAACCGCGCAGGCUCGUGCAACGACGGUUCGCAGCAGCUCAAUAUGUAGGGCGGAUCAACCUUCAGUAAGACGUUUCUCCAUCUUGCAGCGGCCGGCUCCCAACUAUCCAGGCCAUGUGCCAUUGACGAGCAUUGAGCGUAUUGGUCUGGCAGUGGGUAGCGCUGUUGCAUCUCUUGCCAAUCCUCGUCGAGGAGACAUGAUCGCCGCCCUCGGUGAAGCAACAGCUCAGCCUUUCUUCAUCCGACGCCUGCGAGACCGCAUGCUCGCAGAUCCCGCUGGUCGACGUAUUCUCCGCGACCGACCACGAAUAACCUCAAAGACCAUGUCACUCGAGAAACUGCGCCAGUUACCUGCGAGCACGGUCGGAAGAACAUAUGCGGAAUGGUUAGAUCGUGAGGGCGUGACACCAGACAAAAGGGACCAAGUGAAGUACAUUGAUGACGAAGAGGAGGCAUAUGUCAUGCAGCGGUACCGCGAAAGCCACGAUUUCUACCAUGCUUUAACUGGCCUGCCGAUUUUUGUGGAAGGUGAAGUUGGGCUGAAAGCUUUUGAAUUUGCGAAUACUGGUCUUCCCAUGACUGGUCUGAGUUUGGCUGCGAUACUACGACUGAAGCCUGCGGAGCGGAGGAGAAUGUUCGAAACAUACCUACCUUGGGCUUUCGCAAACGGUUGGAAGUCCAAAGAUGUGAUUAACGUGUAUUGGGAAGAGGAGUUGGAGACUGAUGUUGAAGAUCUGAGGAAGAGGCUAGGUAUCGAGAGGCCACCAGAUCUGCGUGCAACCAGGCGCAAGAUCCGAGAAGACAGGAAAGCGGCCAAGGAGGCCAAGCAGACAGUUGGCGUGGACGGUGUGAUCCUGUGA